UUCGUCGUCAAUUUUAGUACGCAUUUCUGGGGACCAGUGGCAAAUUGGGGAAUUCCUUUAGCUGCUAUUUCAGACAUGUCUCGAGAUCCUGACAUCAUCAGUCCCAAGAUGACAACAGCUUUGUGCAUCUAUUCUGCAUUGUUUAUGCGGUUUGCAUGGAAAGUUAUUCCUCGAAACUACCUUCUCUUUGCUUGUCAUUUUACAAAUGAAGGUGCCCAAUUGACUCAGCUUGGACGAUGGGGAAAGUGGCAUCUAGCUGGUGGCAACAGCAAGAAGAACAGUACCCUUGAACAAGAAUAGGAACAAUCAUAUUCGAAAUGAACAGAAGUGUAUUUUAUGUUGUAUGGUCUGUGAUGGGCAAUGUCUGUAAGCUAAUAGGACUACUGUAUGGUAAUUUGACUGUUUUGAUUUACUUGUGAAACUGCAAAGUUUGUCAUUACAAAUGAAUUUGCCAACGUUACCAUAGAGGUAAUUGACUAAAGUAA